AUGGAUUUGCGCACGAUCAUGAACACCGACGGCGGCGCCAACCCUCCACCUCCCAGCAACUCGGCCAGCUCACCCAUAUCCGAUCCAACCCCCCAAAAACGCGCGAAGAAGUCUGCUUCUCAUUCAGAAUAUUCUACAAGACCACCCCAGCCCCCUCCGUUGCAACACCCGCACCACGCUUCUCCAGAUCGAAGCUCACCCUACGGAUCCGUACAAUCGCCCUACCAGCAGUUUAACUCGGGCCCAACGGUCAAUACCGCAGUGAGGCCUCAGCGCAAUCAAACUCCUCCUCACGUUUCGACACCGUAUGGUCCUGGCUCGCGUGAUUCAUUUGGCGCGCCAGCAUACGGCCAUCCCCAACACCCUGGUGGCCCUCUCGUUUCGCCAUAUACACCACAGCCGAUCAGUGCAGGACCACAACACCCGGAACAACAAUCUUAUUUCGCACAACAGCGAUCCCAACAACGCUCUCAGUCACUGCAAUCGGUAGUGACCAAUCCCCAAGCCCCAACCGAGUCUUUCCACAGCCCCCCUGCUGCAUCGCAGCCUCUUCCACCACAGCAGUUUUCACCUACUGCCCACCGAUCCGUCCCCGGAACUCCUCUCGGUCCUCCUCCUGCCUUCGUCUCCCGGCAGUCGCCAUCAACUGUUCGUCCGCCUUCCUCUGGGUUCGACGGGCACGAAUCUCCCCACAAUCCCCUAUCAAGUCCAAGGGCUGCACAGGAGGCCCAGAUACGCGAUCAGAUCCAAACCCAGUCACCUGUGGCUCAGCAUCAAUUCUCUCCUCAUAGCUCUCGGCCCUCUGAACCAAUACCUCACCCUCACUCGGUCGGCCUGAAAGAAGAGCCCAAGGAGAGCGCCAGCCCGCGUUCGCAUCCUGCCUCACGUCAUAACAGUAUCGCUGCAAUCUCUGAUCCUGUGCCCUCUGGUCCAAUUCGUUCCUCCGAAGAUCGAUUGUUCACCGAGAGUCCCACGACGCACAAGCCUAGCUCAGCAGCUUUCGAUUUACCUACCUCCCCUAUCGUACCGGCCAGCCAAAUGAACAGUUCCCCUUCAACCGCAGCCCGCGGAGGCGGCCAUCCUUUAAAAAUGGAAGUGGAUCAUGAGUCACCUGCUGAAAUUCAACAGCCGGUGCAAAAGAAAAGAAGAUACAAUGAACCCCCGAUCUUUGCGCAACGAACACCUCGCACCAAAGGCAAAUGCCCAAUCAUUCCCAACCCCCUACCUCCGAUCCCAAAAAAUGCGCGACAAAAUCUGCAAGAAACAUGGGCUGUGGCCGCUCGCAAACGGUCCUCGUCGAUAGUGGCAGUUCCCCCUGCUGCACGAGUGAGCCGACCACCCACCGUGCCUUCGCCGCGGACGAGCGUGCCCCCUACACAGCCGGUGCAAGCCCCCUCAGUUCCUCGGGCGAGUACCCCGCGAGCACUCGGUUCAUUGGGCCCAUGGGAGCCUUCCAUCACUGGUUUUAUCCCACAUGAAGAGAUUACAAAAGCUCUUUGUGAUUUCUUGUUCCAACAUGUGGUCAUGAGAAAUGACGUGAAUGCUGGAGUCGCAGGUUCAACUGCCGUUGGCCAAGGAACCAUCAUUGAAGUUGAGGCUAAAUUGGGUCACAUCAUCGACAUGGACAGCCGAGAUCGGAUUCACCUUCCUAUCUUAACAGAGAGCGUGAUCAACAAGGAGAACGGGCGGUUCCGGACGUCGUUUGAAAGCAAAAUGACUGUCGAACAACACCGAGCCAUGAACAACUUCUUAAACACUGCCGUCAAAGCAUCCAUGCCUCAACAAAACCCAUCCCGGAUCCCGAUUGCAUACGUGCAUACGAAAGAACGCGAUACGUUCUACGAGAUCCAAGCAUCGGAACUGCCCCCGUUGAUUCGACAAAAUUUGAACCCAAGACACAAACCAAAAGUCCGAGUAACAACCGACCAACGCACGGGAGAAGUCCUAGCCAAAAUUGUCAAGUGUCGGAUUGCCGACCUCGACGUGUGCAGUCCACGCACAACGGUCGAUUGGCGUGUUAGCGUGAAUCUCGAAAUGGAGUACACCGGCGACGUCAGCAACCUCCCAGUGGUGGAUCCUGCAGUGGUUCAAGGUGGUCGAGGCGCUCGCAACAAAGACCGCAUGAGCUACCGCCACCUGGCAUACCAGGUGGACUUAACCCAAGUAGCCAAAUCCGAUCAACAGCCGGGCAAGAAUGAGUUCGAGCACGAGCUCGAAGUCGAGAUCUCUGGUGCUGAGGUUCGUCGCCAGGGUCAGCUUGCUAUGUCUGGUGACCCGACCAAUCAGUAUGAGGACCUUGUGAAGGGCUUCGUGGACAACAUUCGCUUGUUGGCCAGAGCGGUGCCUCCGUGA